GAAUGGUAAUGAAUACACGAUGAUUCUAAAAGAAUGCACACAAAUUCACAUUGGACCAAAAAUAGAAAUUCAUUCUGACGAACCGAAAACAAGAUCCUUAAAGAAAGAAGAGGACGAAAGGAAUGAAAUGUUCAACAGUUGCUGCCAAAUAUUGAAAAAUAAAUAUAUGACUUAUUUCUCCUACAUGAGGUCUUUUUUAUGGGAAGGCAAGAGGAACGACUUCCCAUUAAAGAAUUAUUUCGUAGAAUUGACUGUACAGAAGGCAGAUUUAUUUGGGAAAAACAGCGGAGAUAAAAUAAGCUUGAAUGAGAUAUUUUCCAUACAACAAGAUGGACACCAAACUAUUUUAGUUACAGGGGAUCCCGGUUAUGGCAAAUCUACUCUGUGUAAGAAAAUUGUGUACGAUUGGGCAACCACGAAUUAUCUUAAACACUUCGAUUUAACUUUUAUUGUAAUUUUAAGAGAAUUAGGCGAUAGAAGGGUAAAGGAUGUAAUACUGGACAACAUGCAUGAACACUCGACAACUGACAGAGAUUUGCAUCUACAAUAUAAACGAUUGAAUAUUUUAGUGAUUUUGGAUGGGUUCGAUGAGAUUGUAGAAAAAUACAAAAUUAUAAAAUUUAUAAGAGAGGAAUCUUUUUAUAUUUCCCGUCGAAUGACGAUUGUGGUUACCAGUCGACCUCAAACAGCAGAAGACAUCAGAGAAGACAUGAAGAUGAGAUUUUCCAUAGAAGGGUUUUCUCCAGAAUAUCAAGAGAAAUAUAUUAAAUUAAUGUUUAGAAAAGACAAGAGUAAAGCAACAGAACUGUCUUCAGUACUAAAAGAAAUCGACUUUUACAGAAAAAUGGCAGAAUGCCCGCUGAUGUUACACAUGUUGUGUUGUCUUUAUCACAAUGGAAAGAUGGCAGAUGUUGAAACAAUAACUGAUUUAUACAUCCGAAUAUUUAUUCUCGUAACCGAACGUUAUGUUAGAAAAACAAAUCAGCAGAACAAGUUUAAAAGAGGAAAAUAUUUUGUGGGAGAAAAUUUGCUACUGAAAUUGGGAGAAGUUCACUUUAUCACCUCAGAACGAUUGAGGAAUUGUUUCCCAAAUGAAGAAGAAUACAACUUUAUUAUUGGACUGGACAUUCUGACUCUCGAUUCCUUUUCUGAAUGCGAUAAUAUAAUUCGAUAUAAGUUUGUACAUCGCACAUUUGGCGAAUUUCUAUCAGCAUUAUCAAUGUACGUCAGUUUUCAAUCUACCAAUCUAUGUAUGUUCUCACCUGCUAAUAGUAUUAUUGGUAUGAAAUUUUUAUUUUUGUUGGGAUUUUACCAAGAAGAACCUUUACCCGAACAGUUAUUAACGUACGUAGAAAAGGAAAUGUUCAAGCCUCAAUUCAUGCUUCAAGUUCACAAACAAAUCAAACUGAAAAAGAACUGGGAACGAUUUUGUUCUCGUGCAAAAGUGAUAUUUUAUUCUUGGAAAGAUUUUAGUGAUUUUCAAGAACUAGUGGAGUUGUAUGAAUUUAACGAGUUAUAUUUCUAUUUCCACGAGAGAAAGAAUGUAGACGAUGGAAAUCAGAAUGAAGCAAUUUACUUCUUGAACUACUGGAUUUUUCCGAAUAAAAUGAAGAUUUAUCUUAUACUCUCACUUGACAAAUGGCCUUCUGAAAAUAAAUACGACAUUACGGAACCUGUUUCACGCAUUAUCCAAUUGUUUAAUGUAACAGACACAAGUGAUUUGGACAUAUUUCUUAUUGGCGUAAGUAAGCCCUUGGAUGAUUCGUUCGAUAGAUUCACAAAUGUAAAUUUCAAUUUCAAAUUAUCUGACCACGCGCGGAAAUCAGUAGAGGUAAUUGAAGACGUGCAAUUGGUUGCAUUGGAAACUGAAGAAUUCGUAGGAGUUUCUAACAGAUAUAUUCUUUCUUUGAAACAAUACGAAACUUUACGUCGUCAUAUCAUAUUUAAAUCUGCGAGUAAACAGUACUGAAAAUGUUUGAUAAUGUAGACGAAUAGAAAAUAUAUAUUAUCGUUUUGAAAUAAGAAAAUAGCAUUAAGUCUGUUUACAAUAUCACAUGUAUUUUUCACUGGCGAAGUUCAAUGUAAUGAAAUGGGUAGGCUGAAACUUUAUACAAUGACAAUCGUUGGAUGUAACAUAUUUGUAAUAAUGUAUUGAUAGCUUAGAUUAAUGAUUAAAAGAUGUUAGU